UUGGCAAAACAAAUAAAAAAAUUAAAACAAAUUAAAUCAAUACUCGGAGUGACAGUUUUAGGCGGAUUGGGGCCGUAAGAAUAGGUGUUCACAUCAGGAAACAAACUUGCGCUGAAUCGCUUCCUUCUAGCUGUUACAUACUUUUUAACGAAUCUACUAUACCCACUUUCGAGUAACGGGUAUAAAAAUUCUUUGCCACGACUGUCAUUUUUUACAUUAAAAAAAAGAGUUGUUUAUUUACAAUAUGAGCUAUGUUGUAUGUAUAAUGUAAUUGUAAGUUUACAAAGAUGUACGAAGUUAUCCCACCGCAUCUAGCAUAACAAAAUAGAUGAUGCGUGCUCAGCACGUGUUUGUAGAGCUUAUAAGAUUUUUUAUUAGCCAUUUUCGGAGAAAUAAAAGACAAGUUAGUGUGUAGCGAUUUCGCAGAGCAACCAGCAAAUCGCUAAGCCAAAGGUGCAAGCGCGAGAGGACAAGAGGCGAGAUCGGUUGUAUAACCAAAUUUUAUGACAUAAAACCAUAAAUUUAUGUAAAACUUCUCGCUAUGCAGCUUUAAAGCAUUACUUUGGAAAUUGACAGAUUCGCAUUCUGGAAUAGUUUUACCGUCGAUGCAUGACCAAGGCCAAAAGUCUGGAGCCAAAAUGGCCCUCACACUGAACUCUCGGCCAACGACCAAGCUAAUCACAUUGGAAAAUCCAAAAGCCAAUACGGUUCUAAUUAUCAGAAUCUGAGUUAUUACAGUUGACCUCAUCCAAAAAUCGCGAAUGAGCAUUGACCACGGUCCAGGUCGGCAAUGAACCUCAAAGAAGUGGAAAUCACCACUGGCAUUGCACAUGACUAGGCGGACCAUCAACCAAUUUUAAGGUUAAUGACUGUGUUUACACAGAAUGAGUGUGAACCCCUGACGAAAAAAAGUUGUUGACUAAUUUAAAUUGAUAGCAAAACGGCUAUCAGAUGAGAUGUGGAAUGAGUAAUCGGAACGUUAGGCCAAUAAGGGCCAAAUAGUUCUGUUUUGUUUUGUUUUCUUGUUGUUAACUCGCACUAAAUACAUACGUUUGCAGUGUGUUUAUAUUGGGAUUUCAAAAUAUUGCGUAUACGCCGACAGGGUCAUGCACGAACGAGCAAACCGAGCCGCCGCUGAUGUACGCCCGAUUAAGCUCCAUUAAAAAAGCGUUUUAUGCUUUCAAAUUGCACGCAUUCGGCGGCAAACUCUAUAAAACCAGUUAAUAUCGGGGUUUUUGCAUUCAGUCACCGUUCGAGGAUUACACACGCCAAACACGGCCAGCAAAAUCAUGUCAGUGAAACAGACGAGCAGCUCCUCAUGUUAUUGGUUUGGUUUGGUUCUGGUCGCGAUGAUCCUGCAGCCCUCGGCGAGCCAAUACUAUGGAUAUCCCUACUACGGCGGGGCUAAUGCGGGAGCAGGAGCGGGAUCGGGAUAUGGCAGCAUAUACGGCAGUGGCAUGUACGGAUACCCCUACAACUACGGCGGAUAUCCGUACUACUCGUACCCCGGCUAUAACCCGUACUCAAUGUACGGCGGAUACGGACAGUACGGGUACCCCUAUGGGGGAUAUCCCUAUGGUGGCAACAACAUGAUUUUCUGGACCUGUUUCUUUCUCUAGACGUGGCCUACGCCAGCAGCAGUGGAGGAUUCGCAACAGCAAGUGCGGGCGGAAGCGGAUACUACGGCUAAAAGGUUACCAACCUGUGAUAGUUAAGUGUACACGG